CCCUCUUCUUUGUGGGUUAUAAAGGAGCUCUAUGGAGAGAUACACAGUCCACAAAGUCAUAGGUGAAGGAUCUUUCGGUCGGGCUUUGUUAGUCCAAUGUAAAUCCACUAAGAAGAAAUAUGUGGUCAAGGAAAUCCAGCUGCCGAAGAAUCAGUCCAAAUUUGAGAGCACCAGGAGAGAAGCCGUCCUCCUGUCCAAACUGAAGCAUCCCAAUAUUGUGGCCUUCUGGGAGGCAUUUGAAGCUGAUGACCUCCUGUGUAUUGUGAUGGAGUACUGCGGUGGAGGAGACCUGCUUCAGAGGAUCCAGCAACAGAAAACUGUGCAGUUUUCUGUUGAUGAUAUCUUGAAGUGGUUUUCACAAAUGUGUGCUGGUGCAAAACAUAUCCAUGAUAAGCGGGUUUUGCACAGAGAUCUGAAGUCUAAGAACAUUUUCCUGACAGAUAAUGGGACAAUCAAGCUCGGGGACUUUGGCUCAGCAUGUAUUCUGAACAGCUCAAAGGCUUAUGCUCAUGCAUAUGUUGGGACCCCAUAUUAUGUCGCUCCAGAAAUCUGGGACAACAAGCCAUACAACAAUAAGAGUGAUGUGUGGUCUCUGGGCUGUGUUCUCUACGAGCUCUGCACCCUGCGACACCCGUUCCAGGCGCCCAGCUGGAAGAGCCUGAUUUUUAAGGUGUGUCGGGGUACGUACCCUCCCCUGCCAAAUCACCUGCCUUAUGAGCUGCAGUAUUUGGUCAAGCAGAUGUUUAAGACAAAUCCAAAAGACAGGCCGUCCCUGCACACCAUCCUCACUUCUCACCGUGUUUCCAGACUGCUGCGCACACAUCUGCCCCCCCAGGCGAUAGAGGCGGAGGAACAUGGAAGGCGUUCCGGGCGAUGGAACAGAGAAGAGGGAAAAAAGGUGGUCAGUGUUCUGGGAGAGAAGAGCUUAAUGAAAACAUCAACAUUUGAAGGCAUGGAGUCAGAUGAGGUGUCCUGUGAAAGCAAAGAGCCCGACCCUCGAAAGCAGUGGGCUGCUGAGCCAUCGGACUCUGUGCUGCAGAUGUUGGCCAAUGCCAGCCUCAUCUCAUCUGACAGCAUGGCAUCAACCGGCCAGACCAUCACAGGUUCUACUGCUAAAAGUGCGUCAGAGGAGCCAGAGAACAGCAAGCAGAGGAGAAGAUGGGAGAAAGAUCCUCCCGAGAGGCUUCUGAGCGCAUUGGAGAAGGCUGGAAUUAGCCGAGCCUUCAGCACCUUUUUAAUCCACAGAGGAGCUGACAAUCCUUUGGUUGGACCCCUCUCCCAGCCACAAGGUGACGACAUUGAUGGCCUGAAACAGGAAGUGUUGCUAGACGAGGACCGCCUGCAUCCACGCUCUGAUGACGAGGACACGGACUUUGAGGAAGAAUCUUCAUGUGACUGGAUAGAUGAAGUUGAGAAAAUGUUUUCAGAACACUAAAGCCACGUUCAUUCAGAGCCUA